AUGCUUAACCAAAUUUUUGCAAAAACAAUUUUGAUAACUUUCAUUGUUUUCCAUCAGUUUUGUCUCGACUUAGCCGCUCCAUCCCAAUCAAUGACUCGAAUUCAGGAAGUGUUACGAACACUUAUGGGUUCUAAGCCAGUAAGUCGAGAUAGUCGUGGUGUCGGAUUUGAGUUCUACGAUAGACCACGCAAUAUCUUAAAUUCAUGGGAUUGA